UUUCCGGAAAUGCUAUUGUUUUUGUGUAUCCUUUUUGCGUUGGCUCUAACUAGCUACCAAGCUAACUGCCAUCUCUCAUUAUCUCUGUUAUUUAUAAUUAUUACAAUAGCCUCAUAUACAUUAACUGCUGCAUCUUAUCUCUCGAAAUUAUAUUAACAUGUAUUACUAGGACAGUCACGGAGUCAGACAACAACUUCCAAUAGUAUCUAGAUUUGCUAGCCUGUUAACAGACAGAAGGGUUUUAGUUUCUAGUAUAUUUGCUGCAAACGUUAGCUUCCUAUCAUUUUUUUAGACUCGAUCGCAUGACUGAUUCGCCUGUACAAAAGUAACUAAACGUUACGGAUUCGGAACUGUAUCUAGUUACACAUAGACAGUUUGCCAUGAUGUCCGAAACCACCGUAACCUUCCAGUCUCAGCUCUCCGGAGUCAUGGAGACGGUAUUCAAGGCUGCUAUGUACGAGAUCACAAGGCUGGUGGACGAUAGCUUCAUGAAGGAAGUGUCCCGGAGCCGGGAGCAGGUCGAGUCGCUGAAGAAGCGGCUGCAGUGGUCGGAGAACAGACGUAGGGAUAGGGACAAAGAGGGAGGCCGUAUCGGGAAGUGUGCGGACUGUGGAAGAGCUAACGACGAAGCCAAGGAGAGAAGCUCUGGAGCCUCACAGACAGGUGUGGAGAGGGGGCGUGGCCUGAAGCAGGAGAAGGUACUAGGGGAGGAGUGGAGCAGCUGUGGGGGCGUGGCCGAGGAAACAGCCUCGCAUGACCUGGAGGAGGCCGAUGCCAUCAGCCCAAGGAGAACCUCUGAGCCCGCAGACGUCGGAGAUCAGAAGCUGGACAGCCUGCUGAAAGAGGAGCCUCUCCACAACACUGAACUACAGGAGAGAUGGGGCGUCUGCCUGGACGGGGCCGACGGUUCAAACGUCUCGGGGCCCAGUAAGAGUUUCAGCGAGCAGGAGCUGCAGCAGUGCCAGGAUGACUGGGGGUCUGGUCUAGACCAGGAUGCUGAACCAUCGGGUCUCGAGGGAGACUCAGUGGACCCCACCGACCCUCUCUACCGCCCCCGCUACAGCAUGGAGGAACUGGGGGUCGGCUUUGAGAAGUCUGGUUACGGCAGUAGUGGUAGUGGCGACCAUCUUCUAGACAUGGAAGGGCUGGAUAGGCUUCCUGGUUCUCCGUCUCGUCUGGGAGCGCUGAGCUACGGAGCUGCAGGUCACUACCAGGUGAACCUGGGGGGAUCUGAGGGGAGACCAUCACCAUCGCUCCCACACACCUGGCCCCCAUCGGAGCCAGAGGGAGCAGGUGGGGUCGCCAAUGCCAUCCCCCACCCAGAGGUGGGAAACCUGAACUGCCUAUUGAUAAACGAGGAGGGGUACCUGCAGGACUCCAGUGUCUUGUACCCUGAACACGGUGUCCCAGAGUCAGGUAGUAGAGCCGGCCACAGGGGGCUAACCGCCAUCCACUCUGGAAGCUCAGCCCACAACAACACAGAGAGCCGGUAUGAUGCUGCUGACGACUUUGGACACUCUUUAAACCUCAGAGAUCGUUCACAAGAGCAGGUAACAGGAGGAGGGGGGAGGCAUCAUGCCUGCAAUCAAUGUUCAAUGACCUUCCCAGAUUCUGGUUCCCUCAAGGCCCACAAGCAGAAACACAAAACUGGGAGAUGGUCGAAUUCAGGGCCAGGGACUCCAUACUCCCGCACUCAGUGCGGUAAGACCUUCACCCAGGCCUGCAACAUCAAGGUCCAAGCCGAGGGACGCCACCUCUGCAGCCAGUGUGGCAAGGGCUUCACCUCCUUCUCUGACCUGAAGAGGCACACAUGCAGCCAGACGGCAGACAAGCCCUACUGCUGCUCUCUCUGCGGGAACAAGUUCAGUCGGCUCUGGAACCUCAAGCUGCACCGACGCAUUCACACACAGGAGAAACCCCACCGCUGCACCAUGUGCGACAAGAGCUUCACAAGGGCUGACAUUUUGAAAGUCCACAAGCGCACCCACACCGGGGAGAGACCGUACUGCUGCGCUGUAUGUGGACUCCGCUUCAAACAACUGAACCAUCUGAAGUCACACCAGCACAAACACAGGCCGGAUCUCCUGAGCAGAGUGGUGGUCGAGAAAACUGUUUAAUUUGACAUUGAGAACAAUUGUUGGGUUGAUCAAUUGCUUUUUAAUAAGGACAUUGAAAAUAUUAACUGUUGGAAAUCUGUGUUAAAUAAGAAUGUAUGCCUUAAAUGAUAGACUAUGAAUUGUCUGUCAUAAUGACCAUGUCAACCUAACAAACAUUUGAAUAUAGGGCAUUCAUGUGCUUAUGGGAUGGUGUAAGUCUGCCAUGAUUGUGUUCAAGUGCUUUUGAUGUCAGACCAAUAAAAAGCUUGCUUACCAUUG